GCUUGGCCUCCUUCACUUCUCCCGGCGGCCACCGCCAGCCCUCCUCCUCACCGCGAGGACAGCCGGAGCAAGAUGUCGUCGCUGCGGAACGCGAUCUCAAGGCGGGCUCACAAGGAGCGCGCGCAGCCGGACGCGAGGAAGAAGUUUGGGCUUCUCGAGAAGAAGAAGGACUAUGUUAUCCGCGCCAAGGCCUUCCACCAAAGGGAGGAUCUCAUCAGGAAUCUAAGGGAGAAGGCAUCAAACAGGAACCCAGAUGAGUUCAAUUUCAAGAUGGUCAACAGUAUGACCGUGGAUGGAGUCCAUAGGCCCAAGCCUGAAACAAAUAAGUACACUGAAGAGGAACUUAUGCUGUUGAAACAUAAAGACAUGGGAUACAUCCUUCAGGCCAUUCAAAGUGAAAAGAAGAAAAUUGAACGGUUAAGCUCAACGCUUCAUGAACUGGAUAACAAGCGUGCAAACAAGCAUGUCUACUUUGCGGAAGACAGAGAAGAAGCCAAAGAAAUACAAUCUAGGGUAGAAAGCAGCAGCGCACCUGAUUUUGGCAACAUCCCUUCUCGUAUAAAGAGGAAAACAGCUUCCUCCUACAAGGAGUUAGAAGGCAGGAAACUAAGGGCGCAAAAGCUUGAGAAAUUGUACGCAGACAUGGCCUUGCAAAAAGAACUGAAGAAACCUGGACGCAAGCGGAAACUCCGUGAGGAGGAGAUCGAAAAUCCAACAUCACAGCCUGUUUAUAAGUGGCAUGCACAAAGGAAGCGGUGAAAUGGACCAAAGUUGGAUAAUUGGCAACAGAUUACCGAAUGAUCCUAAAUUAGAAGCUGGUGCUUGGAGAGUUUCUCUCCACUUCAGAAGCACAUUCCUGUGACUUUGCCCUUGCCCCCUUCACCCCCCUUGCCGAUUCUGCCCCAUAUAUUUAUAACCUUUACUUGGUGAUAUUUGUGGAUGCAAUGUCGGAGAUCACGUGCUGCUAUUAGCCUAGUAUUACUGUAUAAACAUUUCUUGAAAUGUUUGUAAGAGCAAUUUGAUGGAUAUAGUGCAAUUCAUGUCUCCGUA